AUGUCUUACUAUAUCCCCCUUGCAAUAAUCUUCACAAUUUUCUCAUUAAUAUUAUAUAUCACAAUUAAUUAUUUAAAUAAGAAAAAAUAUAACUUCUCUAAUUUGUUGGGAAAUAAAAACAUCAGUAUUAUCGUAGCACAUCCAGACGAUGAGCUUAUGUUUUUUUUUCCAACUAUAAAAUUUUUGUUUGAUAAAAAAAAAAAAAAAAAUAUAUUUCUCUUAUGUCUAUCUAACGGUAAUUAUUAUGGCUAUGGGAAUAUUAGGGAACAAGAAUUAUACAAAGUGUGGUCAUAUAUAGGAGGAGAAAAAAAUAAUUGUCAUAUAUGGAAUGAUAAUAAAAUACAGGAUGGAUGGCUUUAUUGGGAUGAAAAAUAUAUAUUCAAAUUAAUAAAAGAUUAUUGCAUUCAAUAUGAUAUAAAGACGAUAUUUACUUUUGAUAAUUACGGAGUAUCUGGACACCCUAAUCAUAUAAGUGCUUAUAAGAGUAUUAGGAUGUUAUCACAUAUGAAAGACAUAGAUAUUUACACUUUAAAAUCCACAAACAUCAUAUAUAAAUACAUGAGCUUCUUUUCUUAUCCUUUUAUCACCAACAAAAGGUAUGUCAUUUGGUCAUUUAAUCCUCUCUUAUUAUUAAGACUAAUGUUUUUUUAUAAAUCACAGCUUGUCUAUUAUAGGAUUUUAUUCUGUAUAUUUUCUCAAUAUGUAUAUUUUAACACUUUUGAUUUAUUAAAGACAUACAAAUAG